AUGGGGGAUUUCAAUGAAAUACUAACGGGAGAUGAGCAUUCGCUCUAUGAUCAGAUGUCUGUUGUGCCUCAAGGAAUGAGAGAUUUGCAAAAUGUGGUGGAACAUUGUUCUUUCAGUGAUAUGCAGUCACAUGGUCCUCUGUAUACCUGGUGUAACAAGCGUGAGUUUGGCCUUAUUUGCAAGAAACUAGAUCGAAUCCUUGUGAACGAUACUUGGCUUACUGCCUAUCAGCAGUCAUAUGGAGUAUUUGAAGUUGGUGGAUGCUCUGAUCACUUGCGUUGCCGUAUCAAGUUUGGGGGAGAUAGGCCAAAAUUACAGCGACCUUUCAAGUUCACAAAUGCUUUGGUGAGCGACCCUAGUUUCUUGCCCAUGGUUCAAGAAUAUUGGGAGAGUACUGAACAAUUAUAUCAUUCCACUUCAGCUUUGUAUCGGUUUUCUAAGAAGUUGAAAGCAUUUAAUCCGCAGAUUAAAAAAUUGUGUCGAGAGAAACUUGGAGGUCUGGAACAGAAGACAAAGGAAGCUUUGGCACAUCUUUGCACCUGUCAGUUGGAGACUCUGCAAAAUCCCACUGAACAGGCCAUGCGCAAUGAAUCAAUCGCAUACAGUCGCUGGUUAUUUGUUUUGGGGUUAGAGGAAAAAUAUUUGAAGCAGAAAUCCAAACUGCACUGGUUAAGGGUGAGAGAUGGGAAUAACAAGGUGUUUCAUCAUGCUGCAAAAGUCAGAUAG